GUGCAGGAUUUGGUUGGACUCCACGGUGGAGUCUGGAAAGAGAGAACAUCUGGAAGACACAGGGUCUCAUGUUCUGGUGCAGCGCCAGCUGUUGUGAGGACAGACAGGCAUCCACGCAGCAGGUGCGCCAGUGCAUCAAGUGCUGCCCUGUGCCUCUGGCUCAAGUCCAGGCCUUGGUCACCAGUGAGUUGGAGAAGUUCCAGGACCAUCUGGCCCGGUGCACCGUGCAUUGCAAUGACAAAGCCAAAGAUUCAAUAGAUGUGGGAAGUAAGGAGCUUCAGAUGAAGCAGCAGCUGGACAGUUGUGUGACCAAGUGUGUGGAUGACCACAUGCACCUCAUCCCAACUAUGACCAAGACGAUGAAGGAGGCUCUCUUAUCCAUUGAGAAACAAAAGUCUUUGCCAGUGGCCAAUGAGGGCAAGAAUGUAUUUUUAUAAGGAAUUGGGAAUUUUAGUCUUUUAAGCAAAGUUUAUGAACGAACAAAUAAAGGAUGGCCACAAGUGUAAGGCAUACGUCACUUGCCUCUG